UAAUGGCAAUUGCCGCAGUCUCCGGUCUCCGCCUAUCUGACUUCAAAAUUGGCGUUCUUCAUCAAAACGAAGAGCCAGAUCGCAGUGUUGAAGAUGGCGAUCAAGAAGUUAGCAAGAAUUUUGAUGAAAUCUCGGGAUAAUACGGUGUCUCUUCCCACUCGGGAUGAUCCGUCCCUUGACGAUUUUCGUCCCAUUGACAGCCAAGCGCAAGAGGAGAUGGUUCGUUCGUUCGAAAGGGCAAAUGAUCAACAGAGUCUUUUAUGGAGGACUGUGUUUGCGGUAUUUCUUUUUUGCUACGCGGCUUUUCUUCUUUACUCAAUCGUUCAGCAGGUUUCUUCUCCGUGGGAGCUGCGUUAUCAUGCUUACUUCAUGGAGGACGUUGAUUCAUGGAUGAUUAUAGCAGCAGCCACCAUGUCUUUUAAGUUAUGCUGUCAGGCCAUGUCUGGGAUCUUGUUAAUGUCCACAAUUGAAAAUUCGACAGAUUGGGUUGCUAUUUUAGCUUGUACAUUUUCGAUAGUUGGGAUUGUGAGCAAGUCAAAUUACCACCGACGAUGGCUUUGGUGCUCAUUCUUUAUUGGCAUCCUACUCUCAGUUUUCUGGCUAUAUUUCAUGAUGAGUUUGCCUAGGUUUCGAUGGGAUGUUAUCUGGCGUCCUUUUGGUCCUCUCAGUGGUACUGGAAUCUGUUUGUAUGUAGAUCAUUUGCUAGCUGAAUCGACCGAGGAAAUACGAAAACUUAGAGGCUAUAUGUAUUCUUAUAAAGCUAACUGAAAACUGAAGGAACCUCUUAUAAAUUUGCAUUUUAUCUCUUGGUCUUACUACCAAGUUGUAACGUUAAAAGUCCCAUGAAGUAGAAUCUGAUUAGCCGAUUUUUCCAUUUUUCCUAUCUACCUAGGGAGGCUUAGUUUUUCACAUUUCAGGAAAUUUUGUCAAGAGUAUAGGUUUUAAAAUUUAGGGCAAAAUAUACUUUUGAUCUAAGUUUGGAUUUCAUAUCUAUUUGGUCUUUGAGAUUUAAAAAGGGA